AUGAUAUUGUUUCUUCGAAAUCUGCUCUAUGCUAUAUGUUUUUCUUCAUUUGCUAUUCCACUUCAAAUUAAUCUUGAUCUAACGGAACGAUUAAAUAAUAAUACAUUUCAACAUGAUUGUCUUCAUGUUUUAACGUCGAUGGAUAAUAAAGCAUAUACUCCUCAAAUAAUUUCAUAUUGUAUGAGUGAAUGGCCAUCAAAAUGGAAUAUACAAAAGAAUAAUUUUCAUCAAAAUUUUACUUUUGAUGAACUUUUCAAAAAUAAUAUCACUAGUCAACAAUUAUAUAUAUGGUCUGCACCAAUGGAUAUUAUUGAAAAUUAUCAAUUCUAUCUCAAUCAACUUUCAACAUUAAAUCAAACAUCGUUGGGAACAAAAAUCUAUUAUAAUUGUACAUUACCAUGGUUUGGUCCGAUGUGCCAAUAUUCAUUAGAUGUUCAACAAUCAAGUAAUUCAUCAUUGAACAAAGUAAUUUACGAUUUUUAUGUCGCUAACAAAUAUCAAUUGGUUACUUCGAUAUGUUAUACUCUUUUACAAUGUAAUCUUGGUUCAUCAUUUCUAUGUCUUCAUUGGGAUAAUAUUUGUGAUGGUUUUAUUCAAUGUAUGGAUGGAAUCGAUGAAGAACAUUGCUGGAAAUUAGAAAUUAAUCAAUGUAAAGAAGAUGAAUUUCGAUGUAAUAAUGGACAAUGUGUACCAUUGGCAUUAACUGUUGAUGAGGACACAGUUGCUAAUUGUAUUGAUGGAAGUGAUAUUAUUCCACUUUCAAAGAAAUGGAUCGGUAUCACUGAACCAACAUCUCGAAAUGAAGACAUUUUUUUCUGGGAUACUGCACGUUUGCUUUCUCAACCUUCAGGUUGGUCUGUUAUGUUAGACAUUUUUCCGCGUUUACUUCGUCUAAUGAAAUUCAUGUUAUAUGACAGAUCAAAUUCUACAUCUGAAAUAUGUUGGGCAGCACUUCAAUGCUACCUUCAGUUGAACGGUUUACCAUAUAUAGACUGUUAUACUAUCAGUCAACAAAAGACAUUACAAAAAAUAAUUGAAGAGGAAUGUCCUGCUAUGUUUUACAUGCCAUCUAUUCCAAUCGCAUUUGGUCAUAUGUAUUUUGCUUAUACAAAAAAAUACAUUAUCGAACAAACUAUAUACACGAAUAUACCUGAAUAUUUGUGUUACAAAGAACAAUUAUGUGGGAGAUUGAAUUCUGCCAUACCAACAAUCUCAUUUAAUAAUUCUACUUGUCAACGUUAUCAAA